AUGAGGCACCUGCUCAGCCAUAAGGUGCUUGUGGCCUGCGGAUUGUUUGGGGUUGCUUUUCUAAUUAUCGGCACUUUAAUUUGUUAUAAAUUCAUACCGGACAUGGUUGACAACAAAUUGUGGGAGACUAAGGUGUUACAGAAUGACACCCCUCAAAUGAAAGUGUUUGAAAAGACUCCAUUUCCAUUCACUUUUAAAGUUUACAUGUUUAACAUUGAGAAUCCAGAACAAAUAUUAAAAGGUGAAAAACCACUUGUAAAAGAAGUUGGACCUUACGUUUACAAGUUGUAUCGACGGAAUGAAGACAUUAGUUGGAACUCAACGACGAAGGACAUAUCGUACAAACCGUACGAGACGUACAUAUUUGAUAAAGAAGCAUCUGCUCCUAGAUCAGAUGAAGAGUUGGUCACCAUUAUUAACACGCCAUUAAAUACAUUUUUAAUGACCGUCGAGGACAUGUCCCCGGACUCUCUGGCCACCGUCGACUCAGCAAUACCCGGAGUUUUCGGCGAGCACAGCGGAAUCUUCAUUAAAGUUAAGGUCAAAGACUACCUGUUCGAGGGCAUAAAAAUGUGCGAGGGUGGCGGAAAGAAGGGCGGCUUCGCCGUCAAGAUGAUCUGCUCGCAGAUGGUCAGCAAGGCGGAGACUGCUGAGGCGAUGAGGGUCUUGGAGGACUCCGUGUCCUUCGCCAAUCUGCGACACAAAAAUACCACCUCUCGGGGGUUAAUGACGAUCAAAUCAGGGGUGGAUGCCAAAGAAGAUGCUGGCGAGCUGAUUAUGUUCAACAACAAAAAGUACAUGGACGUCUGGAAAGUACCUAAGUCUGUUUGUAACUUGGUACAUGGAAAAACAAAUAUUUUCCCCAACAACAUAAAAACCAGUUUAUCUUUCGACACAUUCAGUCCUGACGUUUGUAGGACUGUCACAAUGAAAUAUAAACGUGACGAAACAGUAAAAGGUUUGAAUGGAUACAGAUUUGUCACUUUAAACAGCACCUUUUGGAACCUGAAAAAUACAUCAAAUAAUUGUUACUGUGCAAAUACAUCCAGAACCUUGGACGGAAAUGUGGCUUGUCUGAAUGAUGGAUUAAUGGACUUGACUUCAUGUAGUGGGAGUAAGAAAUUCUAA